AUGGGUAAAAAGAGAGUUGGCGCGUUGGAGAAGGUUGAUGCGGAUCUUCCGAAUUUACAAUACAAGGUUCGAAGAGAUCCAAAAUCAUAUGCAGAAGAUUUCUUGAAUCAGUAUGGGCAAUAUCAAUCCCAAAGAGACAUUUUCAUGUCUUCUCCUUCCACAGCCACAUCUGGCGGUAUCGUAUCAUUUCACGACCUUAUCGAUUUCGUCGCACAUUGUUCCGACUGUUUCCCAGAAGAUACCGCAGAGUUUCCAGAGGAUCUCAAACAGAUUCUCACUUUACAUCAUGCUGAGCUUGAGAGCGAAUUGCGCGAGAAGAUUGUGGGUAGUUUAGUAUUAUUGCGACGAAAGGAAGUAAUUGAUUCAGCCAACCUUCUUAAUACACUGUUUCCAAUACUGGUAGCUACUCCCAGUAAGACUCUGCGGACGCUACUCUUCCAAAAGAUCCUAUCAGAUCUCCGAACUUCAAAUUCGAAAAGCAUCAACCAUCGUCUCAAUCGAACAAUGCAAACAGCAUUAUUUAAUCUGCUCACAUCCGAUCGAACAUCUUCAAAAGGAAUCUGGGCUGUUAAAAUUACAAGAGAAUUAUGGAAGCGACAGAUAUGGACAGAUGCGAAAGCUGUCGAGAUUAUGAAGGAAGCUAGUUUGUCAGAUAAUGAGAAGGUUAUUGGAGGUGGAGUACGGUUUUUCCUGGGUGGUGACAAGGAAAGAGAAGAGAUGGAGGACGAAAGCAGUGAUGAGGAAGCCAUUGAUAUUGGUAAACUGAAGCAUCAAGUUGGAAUUAAUAAGAAGACAAAGAAGAAGACGAAGUCAUUAGAAAAAGCCGUCGAAAAGGUGCGAAGGAAGGAAAAGAAAAGCAAAGCACCUCAUCCGUUGAACUUCUCCGCGCUGCACCUCUUGCACGAUCCCCAGGGUUUCGCCGAAUCCCUAUUUUCGAAGCAUCUUCAAAAUUCAAAGUCGAAGCUAAACCUCGAACAAAAACUUAUUGUCCUACAAUUGGUCUCACGGCUUGUUGGUCUGCAUAAGCUUACAGUAAUCUCAUUAUAUUCAUACUUCACCAAAUACCUUACGCCACGACAACCAUCAGUAACCUCAUUUUUGGCAUCUCUAGCUCAAGCAACACAUAAUCUUGUUCCACCCGAUGCUUUGGAACCUCUGGUACAGAAAAUUGCCAAUGAGUUCGUCUCUGAAGCCUCGGCUUCGGAGGUUGCUGCUUCUGGACUUAACGCUAUUCGAGAAAUUUGCGUGCGACAACCUUUAGCUAUGAAUGACACACUUCUUCAAGAUCUUAUCAUGUACAGGAAGAAGGAAAGACGGCGACCCAUGGGAAUCAAGGCUGGUUCUAUCAAAGAGAGACGCUUUGGUGAAGAAGAAGUCGGUGGUAUUGAAGGUAUCGAAUUGCUUGAACAGUGGAAGGAAGAUGAAAGGAAGCGGAAACGAGUUGAACAAGGAUUGCCUGAAGAAUUGGGCACAGAUGAGGAGGAAGAUGACGAAGAAGAUUGGAAUGCCUGGGAUGUGGAAUCUGAUGCUGACAGUGAUGAAGGUGGUUGGAUCAACGUCGAGAGUGAUGCUGAAAUUGAGAUCAGUGAUAGUGAAGACGAAAAGCCUGCCGCGAAGAAAGCGAAGCUCGACAUUAAAGAUGCCGAAAAGUCAGGUGACGCUGAGAAGGGGAAUGCUGACAAAGUUCUUGAGAAAAAGAUCUCAACAUAUGCAACCACUAAGAUUCUCACUCCAGCUGAUCUUGCAAAACUUCAAGAGCUUCGCCUUGAGGCCAGCGUGAAUAAAGCAAUGGGCGGAAGAACACAAUCUCAACGAAUGAAAGACGCUGCAGCAAGACACGCAGAUGAUGCUUUGACAGCUGAUCAAAUCGAAGGUUUCUCCAAGUUACAAAAGAACACUAGAGAAGAGAAGAUAGCAAUGGCCAGAGAAGGAAAGGGUGAGCGUAGUGAGCAUAAGUCUACCAAGGCAAUCAGGAGAGCUAAGAAGGAUGCUGAGGGAAAGAGUACCACGAAUCAAGAGAAAUCUAGAAAGAAGAAUUUCAUGAUGACACUGGGUAAAGCUAAGAGUAAGCAAAAGAGAAGUUUGCAACACACCAGAAGGGUGCUCAAGGGUCAUAUUGAUAGGACUAAACGGGGUGGCAAAAGAGGAAAUAUCGGAUGUUAA